AAUCCGCGCAUGUUGAUGACGUGUGUAUUUGUUGACGCAGGUCGGGGCUAACGUUAGCUAGCUUCCUUGAAACUCUACUGUAUAUUUGUCACGAUAUAAGAAUGAAUAAGAAAGGUAACGUGUCGUGGGUGAAACCAAGCGAGCCAUCGUUUCUGAGAAAGUUCAAGACCGACAUUGGCUAUAAAGAAGGACCAACAGUUGAAACAAAGCGACAGGAGCUGCCUCAGUGUGCUGAAGACGGCGGUGACAGUGACCGAGAGGAUGAACUGCCUCAGGUGGUGGUGUUAAAGAAGGGGGACCUCACUGCAGAAGAGGCUCUACAGCUCAAGAAAGAGAUGAAAGACUCAAACAAAGAUGAACCUGCUGAGGGAAAGAUCUUAUUUAAGAAGCCGGCAAAACGUUCCUCAGACAAAUUUGAAGGCAUAACAGCUAGCUCCAACAGGAAGAAGCAGAAGAAGAGCGAGAACGAGGAGGAGAAGAAGAAGGAAUCUGGAGUGAAGGUGAAGAACAGCAACCUCUUGUCUUUUGGUGGUGAUGAGGAGGAAGAAGACUGAGACCUACCUUUUAGCAAAUCAACUGAACUGGGACGCGUUUCCCUAAAAGCUUCUUAACACUAAGAGCAUCUUAACUAGGAGAGUGAGUGUUCAUUGUGAUGCUUGCUCUACCAUUUAACGAUGAUCUUUGUGCUACGAUUCUUUUUGGGAAACUCACCCCUGGAUUCUCCAAAAUAUAUGAUGGUAGAACCAGCACACUCGGAAUUUUAGAAUUUUUAAUGAAAUUGUAUUGCAAGUUGAAAUACUUUGCUGCGAGACAGAUUAGACAUGGGUUUAGUAUUUAUGAUUAGAUUUGGUUUGCAAGAACAUUUUAACAUCACCGAGCAAAAAUACAUGCUGCCCCUCCUAUUUGUACGGAAGCCGAGAGAGGCCCUUCAUAUAAUCCUUUUUUUUUUUUUUUUUUUAUUCACCUUGUUAUCCCAAGAUAACGACAUAAUUAAUUCAGGAUCUCGAGAAAACAACACAACUAAUUCGAGAUCUCGAGAAAACAAAACCGUUAUUCCGAGAUAACGACAUAAUUAAUUCAGGAUCUCGAGAAAACAGCUGAGAAAUGGUUCAUUCAGGUGCGCCAAGAGACUUGUGAUAUGCUGACUUUGGGGUUAUUUCUCAUUCUGUAUAGACGCAACUUUGGUCAUUAGAAUGUCUGGAAUAAUCGAUCACCUAAUAAGGCAAUAUUUUGAUCAGGGGUUGACACGGAGAGAUUGCAUUAAGUCUUUUAAUAAGGGAUAAUUUCAAAAUUAGUCUGCGGCACCUCCGCAGAAGACUGGCCCGGCUUCUUCUCUACCGACGGAGAUACAGUGAUCCAGCUGAGAUCAUGAAAUAAUUUUUUCUUGAGAUCUCGAAUUAGUUGUGUUGUUUUCUCGAGAUCCUGAAUUAAUUAUGUCGUUAUCUUGGGAUAACAAGGUGAAUUAAAAAAAAAGAUUAUAUGAAGGGCCUCUCACGGCUUCCGUAUAUUUGUCUCAAUGACAAAAUAUUUACAGCUUCAGUACUUAUAGCCUCGUGCUGUAAUUUUAUGCCUAAUGUACCAUUUGUUAUUUUCCUUGCCAGAGGUUUUGCGUAUGUUUGGAAAUGAUAGGAGGGAGCUAUGUAUUAGUGGUGUUUAAAAGUGAUGUGUUUGAAGCAAAAUGCAAAUUAUGAACAUGUAAUAUUUGGUGGGUUUAAGCUGAAGUCACUAUAUGGGGAUUUUGUGUUGUAGUCAAUACAUUAUUCUGCCAAAAGCAGAUGUUCAUACAUGUAUAGCUUCUAUGAAGGAGCUGUCUGUCAUUUUUAUGCUUUUUCCCCUUCUCAAGGAUUGAGAUAUUGAUACAUAACUCUUUCGUUAUGGUUUGUUUAUAUACAUACAGUACCAGUCAAAAGUUUGGGCACACCGAAUUCAGUUAAAAGAGACACUUCAUGUCUUAAAGUAAUGAUGGAUGUUGUAUUUCUUUACUUAUUGAGCGGUUCUUGACAUAUGGAUUACUACAGUUGUGGAAUAGGGUUAUUUACUGUUUGAACUCGAACACAUUAAGAUUACCUUUUGAGCAGGCACAGCUGUUAACUGAAAAGCGUUCCAGGUGACUACCUCAAAGCGUCAAGGUAAACGGCGGCUACGUUGAAGAAUCUAAAAUAUCAACCGCGUUAUUUCAUAGUUUGUCUUCAAUAUUACUCUACAAUUUAGAUAAGUCAAAAUACAGAAAACCCUAUGACUGAGUAGGGGUGUCCAGACUGGUACUCUAUGUAUACUUUAUACUAAUUAGUGUAAAAUCAAAUUCUUCUGAUGACAUGUUUAUAUUUUUUUUUUGUAAUGACUUGGAAACCAGAGGCUGCAUAGUAAAGACUUUAUUAAACUAGACAA